CUACAGCACAGAGCGAUCGUUGGUGUCUCUCCUGAAGACUGGACCUGAUGAGCACGUAGAGGCUGUUGACAAGUUGCAGAAGUCUGUGAAGCUACUACUGAAAACUAACCUGAGCUUGCUUCGAGACAUGGCUGUCGUCAUCACUCAGAACUUUAAGAACGACCCCCAGAGAGGGAACUUCUUCAGCUUGCACAAAAAAGAGGGUGACAAUGAAUUCAUGAACAUCAUUGCCAAUGAAUUAACCACCGAGGGAACUUUGGUUUUCCUGACUGUUGGAGAGGAGAAGGGCCCGGGUCUGUUCCUACUGGCUGGACCCAGUGAGCGAGUGGCCGAGAUGGGCCCGCGGGUGCUGGAGAUGCUCCAAGGGAAGGGGGCAGGAAAAAAUGGACGUUUCCAAGGAAAAGCUAACAGCCUGGCACGCAGAGGGGAGGUGGAAGCUUUACUGGAACAGCAAUGCAAACGGGAAGAAUAAACCCAGCAAUGAUUUAAUAACAAAUACAUAUUUUUUUAUGAAUACGACUUUUAGAAGCCAUUAAAAGGAUAGCUUACCGGAUUUGUGUUAAACACUAAAUGUUAGUGUCAUUACACAAACCACGAAAUUGGAUAAUUUUUUGAAAAUUUGUAUUUCAUGGACCUCUGUACAACAUGUGCUGUACAUAUUUGAAUGUUAAAUGCCAUUUACAGUUUUAACUGUUUAAAAACUCUUCGUUAAACCUUAUGUGAUAUGAUUUUGUGUUGAGUCUUAUUUCUGAAACCCUGCUUGCUAGUGGUGUUUACAGCCGCUUGAAACAUUAAAAAUGCAUUUCUACCGACUGAUACAACAAAAACCAACACUGUUUGAACGACAUUUUUAAUAACUUUAAUUUAAAAGACCAGUGAGAAUGUAAUGUACAAAAUACAGACACUUUUAUGCUGUUGGUAACUUAGGUCUUACAUUGUUUUUGGCAUUUAAGUAGGCAGAAAAUAGAAACCCUUGUAUAGAGUAAUGCAAUAAAAACAGUCCUAAUAACUCCUACCUUUUUUUAACAGUUAUUAUAUAUUCAUUUAUUAUUUGAUCACCCCAUUAACAUACGAGUAGUGACACCCUACAACACAAUCUAAAAUCCUAUAAGUGAACCUUUUACACAUU